AUGGAGGCUUCUCCAGUGGAAGAGUUUGAGCAUACUCCUCAGGACAGGGAUGGCUCAGAGUUCAAGCAAGAAGAACAGUUAGCCCCAGGCCAUGAAGUGCAAAGCCCUUCUCUCAAACUUGAAGACUUCCACAGCUGGGAUGACUUCUGGGCCCGCAGAGAAGGGCUUGGAAAGCGUCAGCCUCAAGACCCAGUCCCCCGGGUGCUGGGAGAACCCCGCUGGGGACAGGGUAGCCACGACAGAGCUGCCGUGUGCGGUGAGUGUGGCAAAAGCUUCAGGCAAAUGUCAGACUUGGUGAAACACCAGAGGACACACACGGGGGAGAAGCCCUACAAAUGUGGGGUCUGUGGCAAGGGCUUCGGGGAUAGCUCAGCCCGAAUUAAACACCAACGAACUCACACAGGGGAGAAGCCCUUUCGGGUCCGGCCAGCAGCCCCAGGUCCUCCCAAGACGCCUCGAUCUCGGGUUCCUGCUGGUGAACGCCCCACUAUCUGCGGCGAAUGUGGUAAGAGCUUCCGGCAAAGCUCUGACCUGGUAAAACAUCAGCGGACACACACGGGGGAGAAGCCCUACAAGUGUGGCAUCUGUGGCAAGGGCUUUGGUGACAGUUCUGCCCGAAUAAAGCACCAGCGGACACACAGAGGGGAGCAGUUCCCCCGGCCGGUGGUUCCCCCCCGACGGCAGCCGUCUCAGGCACUUCCCACAGCUACACACAGACCCAAGGCCCAGGACAAGCCAUAUAUCUGCACUGACUGUGGCAAAAGGUUCGUGCUGAGCUGCAGCCUGCUGAGCCACCAGCGCAGUCACCUAGGACCCAAACCCUUUGCUUGUGAUGUGUGUGGAAAGGAGUUUGCCCGGGGUUCUGACCUGGUGAAGCAUCUGCGGGUGCACACAGGUGAGAAGCCAUACCUGUGCCCCGAGUGUGGGAAGGGCUUUGCUGACAGCUCUGCCCGGGUGAAGCACCUCCGCACCCACAGCGGCCAGAGGCCUCAUGCCUGCCCAGAAUGUAACCGUACAUUUAGCCUCAGCUCCACCCUCCUCCGUCACCGCCUUACCCAUGUGGAGCCCCAGGACUUGAGUUUCUCAGCCUACCCUGUAGCCUCCCUCCUUCCCAGCCCACCUCCAGCACCUCUGGGCACUAGCCCCUCACUGACGCCCCGCAGCCCUUCACAUUCCAGUGACGGGCCCUUUGGCCUGCCUGGCUUAGAAUCAGAGCCCGGGGGCCCCCAGGCUGGGGAGCCACCCCCACCGCUGGCAGGCGACAAGCCUCACAAGUGUCCUGAGUGUGGCAAAGGCUUCCGCCGAAGCUCUGAUCUGGUAAAACACCAUCGUGUGCACACAGGGGAGAAACCCUACCUCUGUCCCGAGUGUGGCAAGGGUUUCGCUGAUAGCUCUGCCCGAGUCAAGCACCUCCGCACCCACCAGGGCGAACGCACCAGACCACCACCACCACCACCACCACCACCAUCACCACCAUCCACCCUCCUGCGGCCACAUAACCCUCCUGGUCUUGGACCCAUAGUCCCUCAGUCUCGAGUGGGGGGCCAGCCCUCUGGACCCAGCCAGCUCCAUGUGUGUGGCUUCUGUGGGAAAGAAUUCCCCCGGAGCUCAGAUCUAGUCAAACACAGGCGUACACAUACUGGGGAGAAGCCGUACAAAUGUGCAGAGUGUGGCAAGGGCUUUGGUGACAGCUCUGCGCGUAUCAAGCACCAGCGUGGGCAUCUGGUCUUAAGGCCCUUUGGGGUCGGGGAUGGCCGGUCAAGGCCCCUCCAGGAAGAGUCACCAACUGGAAUGGAGUGAUGGGGAGGCUAGAGGCCCAGGGUACUACAGGGAGGGUAUCUGCUGUUGAGGGCAGAGAGGAACCUGGGAAACAGUGGGAGGGAUGAGGAGGAUAAACAUAGAUAGACACAGAUUAGAGACCAGAACCUUCAUGCUCAGGGAACUGUCUUGUUAGGUGCUGGCAUCUUGCCAGUGUGAGCUGUAUCCCAGCUUCUAGAACACUGCCUAGCAGAGUAGGCCCUCAGUAGUUGUAAAAUUGAUAAGCUGGACUCAGUUCUACAACCCUGCUGCCUUUUGUUAACUCACCCUGCAGCUGCACACAGUUGUGGACAACCUUUAAGUCCAACACUCAGGAGGCAAAGGCAGGCAGAUCUCUUGAGCCCAUGGCCAGACUGAUCUACAGAGAGUUCUAGGUCAGCCAGGACUACAUGGUGAAACAAAAAAUAAAACCAAACCAAAACAAAAAACUUGAUCCUCCCAACUUUAGGCUUUGAGGACAGAGUGUUUGAAUUUAAGGUAUCAAAAUAAGGCAGGGGCAUCUUGACCACCCUGAGGGGGAGUAUUGC